UCCUCGGCGACGGCUGGCGUCACUUCCGGCGGCGUUGCCAAGCAACCGCGUGGUUCGAGUAACAACUCCACCGGCUGGCGUCCGCGGCGCUUGGCGCCACAGUCACUUUUCCAGAUCUAGGAGCACCAUGGACACCUCGUCAGAGAUGCUGGUACGGUUUGGACGGCGCUGUGGACGGGCGAAGGAAAGUACAGAAAUAAGAAACUCUGAAGAAGAUCAAGUUCUCUAUCUGCCUCUUCUACCUAGCAAAGUAGAUCUCCAGCAGGUCACCAUAAUUCCACACAAUGAGUGGAAAAGGAUUCAAGAUAGCCUUGACAGGUUGACAAGAGAAGCAGCAUGCCUCCGUGCAGAAAGAAAGGCAAAGAAAGAAAUGCAUUUGCGAUCUCAAGAAGUGGUAAAACACUGGACUAAUACAUAUGCAGGGAUGAAAGAACAGAAACUUGAAGCCAAAAAGAAGCGUGAUGAAGAAAUAGAGGCAGAAAGACAAAUUCUUGAUCUGGAAGAAGAAAUGUACAAACAAGGAAAAAGAAAAAAGGCCAUUGAAAAUGCAAAGCAAUAUCAAUUUUACCAGACAGAAAGAGUGAAAAACUUUCAUUCGGGACUUCUUCUUAGUAGAGUUAUGAAAGAACGUGAUGCCCAGAUUGAAUUCCGAAAGGGUAAGAUAAAAUCAGAUAAAAAAUGGGAGGAACAGUUGAAACUCAACAUUGAAAAAGCUUUUAAAGAAGAAAAAGAAAAAGCAGAAAAACGACACAGAGAAAGGGUGGCUCUUGCCGAAGAUCAUCUAAAACAAAUAAAGGAACAUGAGGAAGAAGAGGAAAGAAGGAAAAAACAUGAAGAAAAAGAUGCUGAGGAAAUAAAGCGACAGAAUGCAUUAUAUGAAAUUGAAAUGAGAAAAAAACUAGAAAAGAGAAGAGAAGAGAUGCAUGAAAGCAGGAGACGGUUUCUUGAACAUAUGCAGGAUAAACAUAUUAUCAAAGCUGUAGAACAGCAGCAGCAAGAGGAAGAAGAUGAAAAGAUGAGAAAAUUCAUCAAAGCAAAAAAGCGUCUUAUACAAAUGGGGAAAGAAAAAGAGGCUGAAACACACAGGCUUAUGGAGAAACGAAGAGAAAGAAUACAUAACUUCCUGAGUGAACUGUUGAAAGAGAAACUUGACAAUGAAGAUAUGAUUAUUGCUAGAGAUAUUGCAGAAGCUGAGGCUGAAUGGGAAAAAAGAGAAAGAGAAAAAGAUGAAAAAAACAAAGCAGAAUUAAAAACAAUUGCAGAAUAUCGAGCCAUUGUGAUGAAAAAUAAGGAGGAAGAAGAAAGAAAAAGAAAAAUAGAGGCUAAAGAACAAUUGCUGGCUGUCAUGAAAGCAGAUCAGAUUUUCUGGGAACAUGAAAAGGAGAAAAAAUGCAAAGCUGAUAAAGAACAUCAAGAGGUUCAAGAUGCCCAUAUUCAGCAAAUGGCCAAAAAUAAGUUUAAUGCAAAGCAAGCAAAACAAGCAGAAUUAGAUUAUUGCAGACUUACUGAAGCUCUUGUGGCUGAAAAGGAGAAAGAAUUUCAGGACUAUGCCAGAGAGGUAAUUGAACUUGAAUCGGAAACAACAAAUAAAUAUAUUUACCCUCUUGUAAAAGCUGUACAGGAAGGACCUGGAGGUGGCCGUGGACCAGUGUUUGUGGACAGAGGUGGAUUAAGACCCAGCUAUCAGGCAAAUGAUGUUACUGGAGUCCAGCUCCCUUUUUAUAACUCUCAGGGACCAAAAUAUAAUUUUCAAAAGUCAAAGAGAAGGCUAGGUUUUACAUGGUAGAAAAAAAUUAUUUUUAACAUUGAGAAGACUAAGUUGUAGCAUAUAUGAGCUUCAAAUAUAAAUGGAUUUCUGUUAAUAAAGCUGUUCUUCAUCUAAGUACAA